GAGUCUGGGCUUCCACACAUGUCACAGUAAGCUUGGUCCUGACCUGGACUGACACCAGUGUAUUUUGCAGAUCCGCGGCAGAGCAAAUAUGUGGGCACCAUCAAUGAGUGUCCCUGUCCCUAACUACGCUCCCCAGUUGGCAAACAUCCUUUUUGCUGAAGUGUCAUUGAGCAAAUCUCUGAAUUCCUGCUGACGGUGGUGCCCUGCUCUAUGCUGACCUAUCCUCUGACCUCUGUGGAGAGACAGCUGGUUAUCCAGUAAAUGAAUCCCCUGGGCAUCACUGUGGUUCUGGGACUACUGGUGGGGGCAUGGACUCAGGUUGUUACGCUACGGCCUCAGUGCGACUCCCUUGAGGCAGAGGAGGCCGCUCUGGUGGCUCAGGAUUACCUCAAUGCCCAGCACACUCAUGGCUACAAGUAUGCACUGAACAGGAUCGAGGACAUCAAGAUCCACCCUGGGCCUGGUGGAGAUGACAUAUAUGUCAUGGAAAUCAACCUGCUGGAGACAGACUGUCACGUGUUGGACCCUACACCUGUUGCCAACUGCACAGUCAGGUCCAAAUUUUUGACGGCUGUAGAAGGAGACUGUGAUGUGGUGCUGAAGAGGGUUGGAGGAGCUCUGACUGUCACAGCAUUCAAGUGCAAAACAGAGGAAUCAACAGAGGACAUUUGUCCAGGCUGUUCAUUCCUCCUUCCCCUGAAUGACACCCUUGCGCUGGACUUUGUCCAUGUUUCUCUGGCAACCUUCAACAACAUUACAGACAAUGUAACAUACACUGUUCUUGAGAUUGGAAGGAUGUCAUCACGGUUUGCGGUUGGUGGACCAGUCUAUUCAGUAGAAUAUGUUGUCGUUGAGGCUAAUUGCACCGAUGAUGCUUGUGUGCCCCUGAAUGAUACCAUGGCUGAACAUGGUAUUUGUACUGCUACCGGCCAGAGCACUGCUCCUCAAGUCGACUGCAAGAUGUUUCCCACUCUGAUACCUGUUGUAGAUGCCAACAGUACUGCAGCUCCUGCCUUGCCACCAACAGUCCACAUACAUGCUGGCAGCCUGUCACGCAAGCACGGUCUGAGACACCACCAACUCACUACUCUCCAUGACCCUCUGCUAAGCGGAUUUUUGUCUGCGGAGUCAGCAGAGUCAGCUGAAGUGGUACCUGUGGUCCCUGCAGUAGUUGAUGCCGCUGCAGCUGCUCCACCAGCUGCUGAUCCAGCUGCACCUGCAGCUGAUCCUGCACCAGCUGCAGACCCUGCUCCAGCUGCUGACAGUGGAUCUAAGUCUGAGAAUAGUAUGGAGCCUACUAUUAAAUUUAAGAGAGAUGUACCUGCCUCACCCGCCUCUGUGAUUUUUGGUGCCCCUGUGGUUCAAACAGACCCCAUUGUUCUCGUGCCAACUUGCCCAGGAAGGAUCAGAUUCUUCUAAGAUUUCAGAUCCCUUCCAUGGCACACAGACUCUCUAUCCUGGCCUCUUUCAGAAACACUGGCACUAGUGUAACUAGUAACUGUCAUUCAUAAAAGAAUAUGUCUUGUGGUAGGUGGAUGUAACACCAAUACAGCUGGCCUGCUAUGAAGGAAUAGUCUGUUAACUGAAAUCAAAUCACCAAAUCACACGAGCAUUAUGUAUUGCAUAACUGUUGAAACCUCUGU